CCCAGGACUCCCAGGAAGCGAAAGCAUCAAAACGGCAGCCGUGGAUACCAAGGCGCUGCGCAGCUCAGCCACUGUGAAGGUGACGUCGGCGGCCACGCCCCCGCUGACAACGACGACGACGCCCCUGACAAUUUGUCAGCCGCCCCCGCCCACUCCGCCCUACCAGCGGCUCACCAAGGCGCUGCAAUGCGAUCCGCGCUGCGGCCACGAGGUAACCAUCGGCCGUCGCAUUGGCCUCUACAGAUUCUGUGGCGACAUCGGACGCGGCAACUUCUCGAAAGUGAAGCUCGCUGUCCACCAACUGACGCGUGACAAAGUCGCCAUUAAGGUGGUGGACCUGGAUCGGGCCGGACUGGAUGCCAAGGCGCUUCGAAUGCUGUCCAGCGAGAUAGCCACUCUCGAGUGUGUGCAUCAUCCGAAUAUACUGAGGCUUUUCGAGGUGGUCGAAACUCUGGGCCGCGUCUACCUGGUCACGGAGUGGAUUCGCGGUGGCGAGCUGUACAACCACAUCACCCAAGGCGGUCCGCUGCGGGAGAUUCAUGCGGCUCCGUUGCUGAAACAGCUCCUCCUGGCAGUCAAACAUAUGCACAGUCUGGGCUACGUGCAUCGGGACAUCAAGGCGGAAAAUGUCCUGCUCCUCUCCGAGGAUCGCCUCAAGCUGGCCGACUUCGGUUUCAGCACCCAACUCAUCAAUGGUGCCAAUCAAAAGCUGGACACGUUCUGCGGAUCCCCUCCGUAUGCGGCGCCCGAGCUCUUCUCCGAUGACCACUACAUAGGGGCGCCCGUGGAUGUGUGGGCCCUGGGCAUCCUGCUCUACUUCAUGGUGGUCGGAAACAUGCCCUUUCGGGCGCCCACGAUUCCCGGCCUGAAAGCAGCCAUCCUGAAGGGUGACUAUCUGCUGCCCGGCCAGCUCAGCUUGCCCUGCAUAAGACUUAUACAACGCAUCUUGAUCCACAUACCCGCCCAGCGGCCAACCAUCGACGACAUGCUGAACAGCCAGUUCGUGACCUGUCCCAAGCUCAGUGCCGAUCUGAUGCAGUGGGAGAUCAACCAGCACACCAAGCCGGUCAAGAGGUCCAUCUUCUGGGUGCGCAGCAAGUCGCAUAGGUUGCGGAAAUCCGCCUCCCUACGGGAUCGGUAUGCUGAGGUGGUCAAGAAGCCGGCCAUUAGCAUGAACACCAGGCAGCAGGACGAGAUGUUUGUGCAGAAUUUCCUGCAACCGAUCGAGAUGGGACACGAACUGUUGGUCCCGGUGUCAAGUCAGCUGAAGGAGCCGCAGUCCACCGAGCAGGCGAAGCGUCCAACCAGGAGGUACAUGUUCUGCGGCAGCCUCAAGAAGAAGGUAACGCCCAUGGAAACGGAACCGGAGAAGCAGCUGGCCAACGGUGGACAGUGCGGUUCGGCCAAGAUCAAUCCGUGGAAUGUGGAGGUGGCCGAGGAUUGUCCCCUGUUCAAGAACUACGACGCGGAGACGGGCAGCUGCGUCAUGCUGCCCACGAACACCGAGGAUCUGAGCCAACUAGGAGCCCUAGAGUUCGAGGCACGCCAGAUCCUGGCCGAGCUGGGCCUCACCUCCGAGAUGCUGAUCAACGCCAGGCAGAGUGGCCCGCGCUCCGACAUCAUUGGCGCCUACAGGAUUGUGGUCAAUCGGCUGCAGAAGCAGUCCUGGCUGGCUCGGAAGCACGUGGAGAUGGCGCUGCACAGCGAGCCAAAGGCGGAGAAGCGGAUUGAGAGGUCCUGCUGCAUACUCUAAGACAUCCGAAAAUAGUUGUUGAAUGUUCAUAUUACUCUCCUGGUUCCGCCGGGUCCUUGAAUUCCCCGAGAGGAAAGGCAAACUGGGUUUCUCAGCCACUAUGCGCUUUUGAAAGGAAUCUGAGGUUCAAAGAACUCAAACAGUAGCUCAAAAACCUUUCCUACUAGAGGCUAGUCCGUUUUGAUCAGCUUUAAAUAUCCAAGAUUGUACUGUUAACUCCCAGCGCUUGAUUUUGAACCAACAAAUUGAGAUUAGAAAAUUUUAUAGCGAAUACAAUAUAGAAUUUACCCAGAAUAUCCAGAAAUGGGAUGGAUGAAGUGCUAAACUUAAAUUCAUUCAAGGAUCAAGAAUCAGAAGUCCCUUGAGUAUGAUUAGCAAGGAAUAUCUUCUGACUUGGUUCGGUAGGAGUCGACAGUUGGAUACUCUGAUCUGCAAAUCCCAGUUUGCCUUUCUGCGGGAAUCAGCCCGGAAGACCAGAGGUCAAGCCCAAUUAGUGUCAAUUCGCCAGCUGCGUAGCCGCGUGUUUGUUGUUAACGUAGAUUCCUGCAUCCUCAUCCUGGUUACUCAUUCGAGAAAGUUCCUUGGUUCGUGUAGCUUGAGUUUGUCCAGCCGUUGAGUCCAGAGGCGGAGGGCAAAGUUGAUAUAUACAUGCAUACAUAUAUAUAGAUAUAUACAUAUAGUCCAAGUAUUAUGUAUUUAGUUGUUGGUCCAUUUUUGAGCAUAUACAGACGAAUAUACGAAAGGAAAAUGAA